GCUUGGAUCUCUGGGAGGGGCUCCGUGAUGCUGAAGCUGCUAAUGGAUUGCUGGAAAGUUCAUGCAUUCAGAGCUGGGACAUUUGGAAUACUGAUAUCUGAUCCCGCCGGAGCGCCUUGGUGUUGAAGCUCGAUUUGUUUUCAUCCUUCAACUUUACAUUUUGAACAUCCGCCUUUAAAGGUGGUGUUUUUGAGUCCAACUGGAUUUUACACGUAGGACUCAGACAGAUGUGACCUACAGAACCGUAAGAAGAUUUAACACUCAAAUACUUUCCAGAAAAAACAGUUUCGCAGACUGGAAAACCUGACUAGAAAAGGCCCUCUCACCAUGGAGCACUCCCCCUCUAUGCACCUGUCAGCGGUGGAUGGACAGGACAUGGAGGACCAGCGGCCCCUCCUCCCCAACAGGGUGCUUCCCCCCCCUCAGGCCUGCUCUCCUCAGUGUGGGAUACACCACACAGUCCAACCGUCAGCUGAUCACACCGUGUGGCUGGACAGAACCCAGGCCAUGGCCACCACUCCGUUGUACAACGGCCGUCUUUAUGUGACCUCUUCACCUCGCGCCAACAAGAAGGGACAGAAAGGCAAAGAGAAGAAAUGUCAGAAAAAGUCACCAGGAACUAAACAGACCCCAGCUCACAAGGAGUGUAAUAAUCAGUGCAAAGCCAACAACUCAGAAGCUCAGAGACUCCUGGAGAAAGUCACCUCUUUCUCCAACGUCCCAUGUUCAUUACCCCUUCAGAGCCCCCGCAGACCACACUUAUGGUCUUAUGUAGAGAGCAGAGGGCGUCGCUCCUCGGGCAGCGUUUCCUUGGAGAUGCACGACCGCCAGACUCUCCCAGAGAUCAUCAUCACCAGCAAAGAUGACGACUUUGAGCUGCAAAAUGAGACGUUCCAGCAUGGCCAGGAGCCAACUGAGGGCAGAGGCCUGCUGCCAGGAGCAGAGGGUCCCGCUCCGACCCCGAAACCAGUUUCCCAGACCAGCCCAAAGCACAAGGAGGAGAGCAAAGACGACUCGUACUGGAAGACCCACAACAUCGGCUGGCGGCUGGUGCACCGGAGGGCUCUGUUCCUGAGGAGGCAGAGGCUGAACGACUGCGCGCUGGCAGUGGGGCUGUUCGGGAUGUUGCUCAUGGUGAUGGAGACAGAGCUCUCCUGGAGCAUCUACAGCAAGAGCUCCAUCUACUCGCUCGCACUUAAGUCCAUCAUCAGUUUGUCUACGAUCAUCCUGCUGGGCCUCAUCAUAGCGUAUCACUGCUGUGAGAUACAGCUCUAUGUUCACGACAUUGGUGCAGAGGAUUGGUGGAUUGCCCUGACGACUGACCGUGUGGCUCUGGUAGCCCUGGAGCUGUCGGUGGUGGUCAUUCAUCCCUAUCCAGUGGGGCUGAUGGCAUACUUCCAGCAGACCUUCCAGCACACCCCCGCCCGCCUGUCGCUGUCGGAGACGGAGCUGGAGAUCAUCCUGGCUCUGCCCAUGUUCCUCAGGCUCUACCUGCUGGGCCGCGCCAUGAUGCUGCACAGCCGCCUCUUCACUGACACCGCAUCCCGCAGCAUUGGAGCGCUCAAUAAGAUACACUUCAACACCCGGUUUGUGGGGAAAACACUGAUGACAACCUACCCCGGGACGGUGCUGAUGAUAUUCAGCGUGUCUCUGUGGAUCGUGGCAGCGUGGGGCUUACAUGUCUGUGAGAGACAUCACAACUACAGGGACCUGAGCAGCAACUACAUGGAGGCUCUGUGGAUGGUCUCCGUCACCUUCUUGUCCAUCGGUUAUGGAGACGUGGUGCCUCACACAUACUGCGGUCGCAGCAUCUGCCUCCUCACUGGGAUCAUGGGAGCCGGCUGCACGGUGCUGGUGGUGGCUGUGGUCGCCAGGAAGCUGGAGCUGACCAGAGCGGAGAAACAUGUCCACAACUUCAUGAUGGACUCCCACAUCUCCAAGAGGAUAAAAAUUGCCGCAGCAAAUGUGCUGAGAGAGACUUGGCUCAUCUACAAACACACUAAGCUGUCAAGAGAAAGAGACCAGUCCAGAGUCCGCGUGCACCAGAGGAAGCUGCUGCUGGCCAUCCACCAGCUGCGGCGAGUGAAGGUAGAGAAGAGGAUUCUUGCAGAUCAGGGAAACACACUUGUGGAUCUGAGCAAGAUGCAAACAGUGAUGUAUGACAUGCUGGAGGAGGUGCAGGGCUGCAGGGCGGAGCUGGACACACACAUCCACAGCCUGGAGAAGAACGUGGAGGAGCUGAGGGAGGGCUUCAGGAGCCUGAUGCCGCUCCUGUCCAGGACCCUGUCAACGCAGAACUCCUCCAUCCGCCACCUGCUCAGGGAGAGGGAGGUGAAGGUGGAGACUGAUACGGCUGAGGCGAGCGAAGAGAGCUAGAGGCUGGGGGAGGGGAUGAGGAGGAAGAAAGAGGCUCCUGGAGGAGUUAUUGGCCCACAGCUAACAUGAUCAUGUUGGGACAUUUUUCUUACAUGGUGUCAAAUGUGUGAAUAACAAAGUUGAGUUUGUACAGAAGUAUGUACAAUUGUAGUUAAAUAAGUAGCACCGUUUCUAUAGCAGUAAAACCAUUCGGUUGGACAUUGACAAUCACUCCAGAUCAAGCUGCAUUUUACCAAGUUGUCGGUUGUCAGAGGACGGUUUGCUCAGACCCUCGCAAUGUAUCAAAGGGCUUCACUUAGGGACCAUAACAAAUGUGUUUGAAUGACAAAAAAACAACAACCUUCAACUAAAGGUAACCAGAAGGGGUAAAUACUGAUUAACUUCCUGAUUUAGGAGCAUUUCUGCACCACCCCUUUACCUCCUUGUUCAUUUUUUAAUAUGCAAAAAUAUUAAAUAUAUAAUAAACGUGUCUAUCGAUUUUAAUAGUUCUUCAUUCCGAUAGCUUCCAUGCAAUGUGACCCACAACUCCAAAUCAAUGCAACAUUACUUGACAGAGUACACUCCUCACCACACAACACCCGAGUGCUUGGAAGUCAUUUGAAAAAAAGAAAGAAAAAGAAAAUGUAAAAAA